AUGCCCACCAUUGAAAAUAGUUGAAUUUUCCGGCCAACAGUCAGGAAAAAUGAAAGAUGAAAAGCUCAGGACGCAACAACUAGUAUCAUGCUGGGAAAUAUUUGAAUUGACGAAGAGAAUUACUUCUGGAACUGCAGGAUACCUUUCCAUUUACUAAUGAGGACAAAACUUAUCACUGUCUUGAACUUUGGAUGGCCAUCUCAGCACUACCGCUGUGCUUUUUCCAAGAAAACCUUGCUGGAUACAGAGAUCUUACGCCAACCUCCCUUCCUCGAGGUCUCCAGCACCCUGAGAGUAUCAGCUACAGGAGUUAAGAGGGUGGGUCGAUCCGCCAAGCUACUUUAA